AUGGCCUCCGCAUUGUCAGAGGACCAGUUCCGCUGCUGCAUCUGCCUGGAUUGCUUCAAAAAUCCUACCUCCAUCCCAUGUGGACACAAUUUCUGCCUGGAUUGCAUCAAUCACUUCUGGGACACGAGACGCAAGUCGUUGUGUCCGAUUUGCAAAGAAGUCUUCAAAAAACGUCCAGAACUCAGGAUCAACGUUGGCUUGAGGGACAUCACUAACGACUUCGUGAGGUCUCUGAAGGACAAACCCAAAUACAAGCCGAUCAUGAAACAACCGUCGCAGACCGACGUUCCCUGUGACAUCUGCCUCGAAGUCACACAAAUGGCGGUCAAGUCGUGCCUCGUCUGCCAGAAGUCGUUUUGUGAAAGUCACCUGACACCUCACCUCAGUGAUCAGAUGUUGAUGAAGCACCGACUCACAGAUCCGGAAACCUUCAUUCAUCUCUGCAAGAAUCACCACAAGCUCCUGGAGAUGUUCUGCACGGACGACCAGACGCCGGUGUGCGUGAAAUGCGUCGCGAAGGACCACAAACAUCACACUACGAUCCCCAUUGAGAAGGAGAGCAAGAGGAUCAAGACUCAGAUCAGGAGAACGGAGGCAGAUUUUCAGCAGAUGAUCCAGACCAGAAUCAAGAAGACUGAGGAGAUCAAGAACUCGGUGGAGCAGUGCAAAACACAGACAGACAGAGAGAUACAGACGAGCGUUCAGGUCUUCACCAUGGUGAUCAGUGCCAUCGAGAUGAGCCAGGCUUUGCUCAUCGAGGAGAUCGAGAAGAAGCAGGAGGCGGCCCAGAGGAGAGCGGAGGAGUUACUCCAGGUGCUGCAGCAGGAGAUCGAGGAGCUGGAGAGGAGAUGUCGGGGCCUGCGGUCCCUGGAGAACACUGAGGACCUUCUUCACCUCUUGCAUGGUUUCCCCCCUCUGAGUGUUCCACUGUCCACCAGACACUGGUCCGAGGUCAGAGUCCAGUCCGACAUUUACAUCGGGACGGUGUCGAAAGCGUUUUCCAAACUGGUGGACACCUGCCACGACCUUGAAAAGAAGCUGCUUUCAGACGUGGAUGUGACUUUGGAUCCUGAGACGGCUUCGGGCUGGCUCACUCUGUCCCCCGAUGGAAAAAAGGUUGGGGAUAAAACCGACUGGGAUCUCGGUGUGGCCAGAGAGUCCAUCAACACAAAGGGAACCAUCACGGUGCGUCCCGACAGCGGUUACUGGGCGAUCUGCAGGCGUAAGGGAGGCAGCCUGAGCGCCUGCACCAGCCCCUGCGUCACCCUCCACCUCCGGGAAACCCCGCAGAGAGUGGGCAUAUUCCUGGACUACGAGGGGGGGUCGGUGUCGUUCUACAACGCGGAGACAAAGACUCAUAUCUACACGUACAGAGGGUCCAUGUUCAACGAGCCGCUCUAUCCCUACUUCAACCCCUGUCUCCAUGACAACGGGAAGAACACCGCCCCGCUGGUGAUCUGUCCCGUGGAUUGGGUUUGA